AACCCUUAAGAGUACACAGAGGCCGUCGAAAACCCUAGAGACAACGAGAAGUUUAGAUCAAAGAAGAAGAUGACGCAAAAGAGCAAUCAGUUCAAGGGCCAACAGAAGAAGAAGACAGUUGCCCCAAAUCGCCAUGGAAAAGCCAUUCAAACUCGCAAAGGAAGGAGAUAUAUGAAACCAUCAAAGACAACGAAAGAGUCAGACACCGACCGGGAGCUUACGAAAUUCAUAAACCAUUGCAAUGAAGUGAAAGCUGCCAAUGCUGCUUGCAAAGAAGGUGGUCAACUCAAUAUCCUCAAAGCUGAAUCCCAAGCUGAUCCUUCCAAGAAGAAAUCCGCCAAGUAGACAAAUCCUCUUCUUUUUUUCUUUUCAGAGUGUUCCAACUUUUGUGUUUUUUUACAACAGUUUUGUCACAAAACAAGAGUAACAAAGGUUUAUGUUAAAGCAAAACUUUCUACGAGUGUUUGAAUUCCCAUACGCUUUAUGAAUUUACUACCACUGUGAGCUGUUAUGUUA